CGAAACACGCACACAACACGAGAGACAACCCACAGAGAUAGAGAGAGAAUGUCAUCUCCUUUAGUGACCGGCGGGUGCUUUGCUCUUAAGUCUAAGAUUAAUGGCAAAUACUUGCGCUACUCGCCUGAGAAAGAGAAAAUCCUUGAGGUGAGUGGGGAAGAUGUCCUCAGUCCCUACACUAGGUUUCGUGCAGAGCUGUCCAGGGAGCACGACGGCCACGUUCACAUCAGAUGCUGCUACAACAACAAGUACUGGGUCGCCCGUGAGGUUAACCAGCAGUGGUGCCUCAUGGGUGAUGCAAAUGAGCCCCAAGAGGACCUAUCAGAUCCUUCUUGCACGGUGCUCCGGCAUGAACCCAGCAGUGUUCACGUCGAUGAUGUCAACUUGGAGCACGCCAGGCUCAAAAGAAGUGUUUACAUGCGCGCCGAUGCUCAUCCAACCGAAAAGACCCUCAGAGCUGGCUCCUUGCUGCUAGGAAACAAAGAUAAACCAGAUGAAGAAGAUGCCUACACGUUUAGUGUCAUCAAUCUAGAAGGACAAAUGCUACUGCCCAAAUACGUUUGUUUCAAGGGUGACAAUGGCAUGUACCUCAGGGCGAGGAAGGUUGAAUGGAACCUCAACUACUUGGAGUUUUCGUCGGAUGACAUUGCUGAUCCAACGGUGAGAAACAUCAUUCACACAAACAGCGAUGGCACCAUCCGCAUAUACUCGAGUCACUAUGGUAAGUUCUGGAGGCGCAGCCCCAACUGGAUCUGGGGAGACUCCGAUGACACCACCAGUAGGAAUCCUGACACGGUGUUCCGAGCGCUCUUGCUUGGGGGCGGCAAAUGCGCACUUCAGAACCUCGGCAACAACAACUACUGCAAGAGGUUGACCACCGAAGGCAAGACGAGUUGCCUCAACGCUGCGGUUCCUACCAUCACAAGGGAGGCACAGCUAGAGCUGCAUGAAACUGUCCUAUCUCGAAAGAUCUAUGGCGUUGAGUACCGCCUCAAAGAUGUCAAUAUUCACGACCUCAAGCCCCGCACUUUUUACACUAAAACAAUUGCUAACAGCACAAGUAGGCCCCACAAGAGUAAGCUAACCAUAUCUUACAGUGUAACGACGGAGAGGAGAUGGGAUUCAAAUGUCUCCUGGAAGCUUGGUGUGACAACCACCAUCAAAGCUGGGGUUCCAGCAAUUGCAGAGACAUCAGUUGAGAUCUCAAGUGAGUUUAGUGGAUCAUACACCUGGGGAGAAACUCAAUCUCACACUGAACAGCAAUCAAAUGAAGAAGAAAUUGAGGUCCCUGCACACAGCAAGAGGACAGUUCGAGUGGUGGCAACAGAGGGAACAUGUGAAAUUCCCUUCUCAUACAUCCAGGAGGAUAUGUUAACAACCGGAGAGAUAGUUGUUACGAAGAUGCAUGAUGGGAUCUACCGUGGAGUCAACAGCUAUGGUUUCGAGACGCAGAUCAACGAAUAGAAGAUCUGAGAAGACAACUCAAUAAUGCAAUCUGAGAAGCCCUUUGCAUGUUGCCAGUAUGAUGGGAUCUACCGUGUGCUUUUAUUUGAUGUGUUUUAUGUUGCGUGUGCGCUAUUAUGUGUUGUACUUUGUAAUAAUACUUUCCUUAACUUGUUAAGGGGAGACGGUUUGUUGGAUUAUUAAGAAUGAUUUCACUACUUUUCACA